AUGGAAAAAUACAGAACUGCAUUAGAAACACUAAAUGAAAAUGAUAAUAUCGAACACUCAAAAGAUGACAUUGAAUUUCUAUUUGAAAGAGAUCUGCUUUCACCUGAAAUAAUAGAUGAGGAAAAUGAUGGUACUAAAGGUUUGGAACAUUAUCUGGUUCCGAAAUUUGAAUGGAGGAAUACUGAGACAAAAAACCCUCAAGUAAUUAUAAAUGCAACACAUUGUCAAUUUUAUAAAUGUGAAACACUCAUCCCAAAAUUAACAUAUGGUAUUCUUGGAUGGGCAAAAAAUGAACUUGAUAAUUUAAGCACACAAUAA